CAAAGUUAUUCAGUGGAUUGGACUGUUCCUCAAAUUUUUUUCCAUCGGUCAAAAUCUCCUAAAAAAUUUGAGUUCAAUCUUCAAAAUAGGUGGUGGUUCUUCUGGACGUGCCGUCGACAGCUCAUCUUGCCGGCUUCUCUUCUGGCUCAGAUUCUUUCGUUGUUUAUGAUUUUCCCGGACGAUUUAUCUGGCUCAUUUAAGUUUUUGGUGGAUCAGGGACUGUAUGUGAGCGCUUGAAGAAUUUUGACUCUUAAGUCGACUCUACCAGUCAAUACAAUUGGAGAAUGAAUCAAGCUGGUUCCCUUAUAGAGAUCUGAAAAUUCUGCACUUGCCGGACUGAAAUAAGAAGGGAAACAAAUCAUACGGAAUUUGGCCAGAAUUUUUUCCUGAUAACUGAAUUUUGCUGGAAUACUAGAGAAUGAGGGUAGUGGGAUUGACUGGCGGCAUCAGUUCGGGGAAGAGCACGGUCUCCAAUCUUUUCAAAGCCCAUGGUAUUCCCAUCGUUGAUGCUGAUGUCGUUGCUCGAAAUGUAUUGAAGAAAGGCACAGGGGGAUGGAGAAAAGUAGUGGCUACAUUUGGGGAUCAUAUUUUAUUGGAUAAUGGAGAAGUGGAUCGCCCGAAGCUUGGGCAAAUCGUCUUCGCCAGUCCUGAUAAGCGCCAGCUUCUUAACAGGUACCGCUGUCUAUGCACCAUUUACAAUUCGGGUAUUCUUUGACUAAUUACAUUUUAA